UCCGAGCCUUGUGCACUUGUGGGACUCGUCUCACGAGUGCACGGCGUCUGCCACGUCCCCGAAUUUGGGUUCUGGGGCGUGACAGAUUUAGUAGUAUCAGAGCUUAGAUUGAGUGGCAUCAGAGCAGAUUUAGUGAUAUCCGAGCCUAGGUUUAAUUGAAUACCUAGGAUUUGUUUUGGAACUUGGCUAGCUAGUGGAUUUUAGACUCGUGGUGAGAUGAGUGAUGGGGUAUAUAAGGGACAAUUCUGAUUCAUGUUGCCUGAAUUUUCUCAUCCAUUUCGAUGAGAUGGUAAUGUGAUUGUUCUUGUUUCUUGCCUUCAUACUCUGUGUGAAGUUGUGAAAGUAAUCUUGCCCGUUAUGUCCUGAAGACCUUGUUUUGAACUUGGUCAUUUUCUGAUAGUCUGCACUUGUUUAGACUUGUUACGUGAAUAGAAUUUUUGUAUGCUCUUUUGCCACUAUUGUGAAAUCUGGGGAGUUGUAGAGAUCUUUUGUUAUUGACUCUGUUUGUCUCUACAGCAUAGCUGGUUGAGAAAUUUGCUCUGUUUGUCACAUGACCAGUGGAGGAUGGGCAACCCUCUACUUUGCAAGAGAUUCAAGGCUAUUUUAGCCAAUGUUGUGUGUUUUUCUAGAUGUGUUUUAGGAGCCGGAUAACUUGGUAAUUCAGUUGCUCCUUAUCUUUCUGUAAGUCUUGUAGUGAAGUUUCACUUUUUCCACUUGGAACUUCGUGGUCUUUUCAUGUGGCUCAUUUUUCUAUAUUGGUUAAUCAAAAGCAGUGAUCAUUCCACUGUAAUUGCCUUAUUUUUGUGAAGAUUGGCAAGUUGUCAUAAAGUUAAACUCUCUAUUGUUGCCAAUCUCUACAUUCUUGAUACCUGAAAUUGCUUAAAACUCUUGAAAUCCAUCUUGAAUCCUUCUUGAGAUUGCUUUGUACUUGUUCUUGAAAUUGAAAUCCAGGAAAUGGAUAAUGAUGAUUGGAAUCCUCAUUAUCUUGAUACUUGUCUGAAAUUAAUUAUUGCACUAUUC